UUUCAGAAAAGACGACGAGGGCGGGACACACAGACAAAAGGAAAACUUUUUGAUUUCAUUCAUUCAACAUUUCUUUUUUUUUCUCAAAAUGUUUGAAUCGCCUCCAAAAACAAAUCAAAAUAGAAGUGAAGCUUCAGGUCAUAAAUAGAUUUCUGCGUCCUGAAGGUCUGAAAUAAAAAUAACCGUGUGCAUGUGCGCGCGUGUCGGUGUGGGGGGUGCACGUGGGUGUGUGUGUGUGUGUGUGUGGGGGUGUGUGUGUGUGUGUAAGUGGACAGUUGUCGUGCAGCAGGUUCUUCUCUGGGAUUAGAAGAGCCUGAAGCUGCCGGUCAGCUGUGACCAGGACCCAGGCUGGACCCUGCAGAGUUCUGGACAGAGUUCUGGACAGAGUUCUGGACAGGCCAGUGGGAACGUGGAGUCUCCUGCAGGUUCUGGAGGAUUUUCCUGGACCCCCUCACCACCGUCUGAUCCUAAACCAGCUGAGGUAAGACGGACCUCAGGGUCAGCAGCAAAGUGUCCUGUCCCUCGUUCGGAGCUCCAGCACUGAUCCACAUGCACAUCAUGUUUGGUGUUCUGUCCAGACUGAUCUCUCAUCUCCAGUCCAGCUUCCUGGACCAUGGAGCCUGAUUCUGUUCACCUCAUUGAACCCUUUGGUUUCUUGGGUCGGUCUUGAAGGCAGAACCUGAACAGAAACAGCUUUUCUUUCUGUGAUAGAGGUUUCGUUUGUGUCCUGAAUGAAUGUUUUAUCAGAGAAAAGUCUGAGUUUUAUUUUUCUCUUUUAAAUCUAGAAUGAUUUCCUCAUUAAUACGACACUUCCUGAAGAAGGGCCAUAGAGGAGCAGCCGCAUCUUGACGGCGCACAGGUGUGUCUUACAGGUUUCCAACGAUAUGCGUGUCUUCCCCAAGAGGCGACACUUUCACUUCCUUCCUGAGGCUCGUUUGAGACCAAUAUGGGCUGAAGGUCACUUUACCAGAACCGAUUGGUGCGGCCAGCAGUCUAAGAAGAGAUGUCCAGAAUUUCCUCUCCUGUGAGUCAGUCCUGAGGUUGAUCUGCUGAUGGAGCGUAAAACGGCUUCUCAGUGCUCUCGGUUACCAUGGAAACACUACAUCCACCUGACCCUACUGAUGGUCCAGCUGAGUUUACUUGAAGUGGGAUACUCCUGCCAGAUCCUGAAGUGUAACUCAGACUUUGUGGCUUCCAAGUUGGACCUGGCGAGCAGCAGCAGUGGAGGGGCAGGAGGAGGAGCUCCACCCAGCAGGGAGGCGGUGAAUGCUGGGUACUGCAGCGCCCUGCGCUCAUACACGCUGUGCACCAAAAGGAUGGCUCGGCCGUGCCGGGGUGACCUGGCGUACCACGCUGCGGUGCAGGGCAUCGAGGACCUGCUGAUCCAGCAUCGGUGCCCCCAGGUGGGGCCCACGGCUCAGCCGCGCCCGCUGCCUCAAGGCACGCUGUCAGGAAACACCUGUCUCUACGAGAGGAGCUUCUUUGACAGGAAGGGGCGAAUGCCAGAGUACCUGCACUGCGGCAUCUUUGGGGACCCCCACAUUCGGACUUUUAACAAUGACUUCCAGACAUGUGCAGUACAGGGGGCGUGGCCUGUCAUUGACAAUGAGUACUUGUAUGUACAGGCCACCAGCUCGCCAGCAAAGGAGGGCUUGUACCCUACAGUCCUCACCAAGAUCACCAUCAUCUUCAAGAACUGGCGCCAGUGUAUCGACCAGCAGCUCUACCAGGCGGAACUGGGUAACGUUCCAGCCGCCUUUGCUGAUGGCUCUGUGUGGAGCGGCGAGCGGUGGGGUCACCGCAGUCUGUCGGUGCAGACCCAGAGUCCUGGGCGGCACGCUGAGAUCUGGGCGGCACACAUUGGCACGCUGUUGGUGGUGCGUCAGAGCGGCGGUUCUCUCAGCUUGUCCGUCCGGUCGCCCCGCAGCGUGGUGGAGGCCUUCGAGCCUGAGCAUGACCUGCAGCUGUGUGUGUGGGGCUGCCCCGCCUCCCAGAGGGUCAGCAUGUUACGCCCGCCCCCUCCUGAAUCUGUGGUGUCUGUGGCAUCCGCCCACUGCGGGGCGCUACUCCCCACCAAAGACAUCUACUACAAGGCCUGUAUCUUUGACCUGAUCACCAGCGGAGACCUGAACUCCAGCCUGGCUGCUGUCAGCGCCCUGCAGGACGCCCGCACCAUGAUCCCCAACGGGGAGGGGCUACAUCUACGACCUGUAACCGCUGCAGCAAACGCACCGCCACGCCUCCCACUGGUAAUGCUGCUGAUGCUGCUGGGAACUCUGACCCAGACCUGACACCACAGGAAGUGACCUCAGAGGAGGUGUUCGACCCGCAGAGGUCCGACAUUAGCAACAGAACCGGCGCAGAACAUAAACGAGUUGGUUCAAACCUUUUGAGCGUUGGGGCCAAGAGGCUCCUCCUACUUUUACUGAUGCAUCUGAUUGGUCAGUUUAUGACUUGAAUGACUUGAACUACAGAAAAAUAGGAUUAUCAAGAAGAGGAAAAUAAGGUGUUGAUUAUUCUGACCAAUAGAUUGAGUCCAUGAAAUUUUGGCUUCUUGGAGCCACUUCCAUUUCGGAACGCCAAGGGGGAGGGGACACCCUGUCCAGUUCUUUUAUACAGUCAAUGACCACAAGUUGCACACUUUUUCAUUGGGGGUCUCAGGAGCUUUUCAAGGCCGACUGUGAUUAAAAACCACAAACAGCGACUGAGAGCUGCUCAUGGGGUUUGUUGUUCCUCCGUUCCUGCAGGACAUCAGCUUUGUGUUCAUCUAAACAAGCCCAGUUUCUCAUAAUGGAGCUAUAUCACCAAUGACAUUCUAAUGUAGUUUCAGUGUUAAGCUACAGUCUCGUUUGGUGUCAUUUUGAAACGCUCCAGGAUUUUGAUAUUGCAACAUUUUAUAAUUGCAAACUAUUCAGUGAAUAAUAAAAAAACCAUUCAGGAAUGCUACAUAUACAACCAGAGAAAGGUCAGGUGCAUAGUUUUUGAAUUACCCCUGAAGUGAGUCAGCUCACAGUCAUUCAUCCAGACCUCCUUUCACUAGACAACUGGUGCCUGGAAGCAGUUUCACUUUGAAAAAGUGGAUCCUCUCAACAUGUUUAUCAUGACUGAAAUAUGACAGCUGGAGCUCUUAAUAAUGAUGAUCUGCUUGAAUUGAGUAUGUGUGCAGUGUUGGCUAAUUUACUCUAAAAAGUAAUUGAUCACUUUACUUUAGUUACUGGCUGAAAUUGUAAUGACAUUACUUUACUUAUUACAUGUUUUAAAAUGUAAUUCACUCGUUUACUUUUUUCUGGUCGAGUACAAAUUCUCAAGGGAAAAACAGCAUUAACUCGAUCCUCUUGUCUUUCAUUCACACUGUUCUUUAAACCAAUGGCCUCAUGCAAACUAUGAACAUGGUUCAACAUAACCUGACUCCAUUAGAAUUCAGACGGCUGACAGAACAAUGAGUUCCAGCCUAUGUGGUCUAUGCCACUGAUCAAAGACAGAUGUGGGGAAACAUCUGUUACACCUAAGCACAUAUUAAAUCUGAAACUAAGUCGAUUGAAAACCUUAAUUAACUGUUUAUUGCCUCAAGCAGUUUCUCUCUCCACCUCAAAUGCAAAAGGUCAUGCUGACAUUAGGGGGCGGGGCUAGUGAUGAUGAUUCCAGCUCUUCUUAGCAAACUGGCUUCAUUUCACUAAAAGAAUCAUCUCUUUCAGCUUCCAAAUGCCUCUUCAGGUUGUUUUGUUGUAUAUAAUAUUAUGCACAAAAGGAAUUACUACUACUACUAAUAAUAAUAAUGUGUUUUUAUUUAUGAAUGUUGAUUAUAUAUAGAUGCUUUUAUUUAUUAACUUCAGAUAAGAUGUAAUAAAAUGACUUCUACUAUCA